UUUUCACUAAUCUCUCUUCCAUAUCUUCAUUGAGAACCUCAGUGUCACCAAACUACAGCUUUCACCUUCAACAAUCAUACACACACACACACACACACCACAAGCACUUAAAAAUCCACUUCUUCUAGUGCUUCUAAUCCAAACCACCAUCGAUCACCAUAUUCUACUUUGGUUCUGUCUGUUACAUUACCACCAAUCUUUAGCAUAAUUCAGUCUUUGAAUUUGUUAAACCACUGCUUAAUCUCCAUUUCUUUGUGUGUCUCACACUCCAAAAACCAAGUUUAAGAGCACAAUGGAAUCUGAAAAUGGAGUUGCUAUGGAGGACGAAAAACAUGUUAUUGGUGAAACAACUAAGGAGAACAUAACUGAAGAAGUUGAAAACGAUUAUAAUGCAGAAAUUCAGACCAAUGAAGUAUCUGAACCUGUAGUAGAAGCUGAAGGCCCCAAUUCUGCAGCAAGUAAAAAAUCAAAUCGUGCCAAGGAACCUGGUGUCAAAGGUGGUGUUGCUUCAAAGAACAAGAAGUCUGCCACCAAAGAUAAACCAAAUUUGAAUGCCAAAACUUCAUCAUCUCAAACACAUAGGUCAAACCUUUCCAAAAGCCUUUCUUUCCCAGCCAAAUCAGCUCAUGGAAAUGGUAUAAAGAAAAGCAUUGAUGGGAUUCUCGUGAAGACAGAAGCAAAGCAUGUUCAAGGUAAUGGGGUUAGAGCUGAGGCUUCCAUUGGUCAUCCAAGAAGGUUGACAAACACUGAAGUGAACUCAAAGGAAGCAAAAACAAACCCUGGAAAUUCUAACCAAAGGGCUUCUUUGACAUCCAUGACUAGCUUUAAAAGAUCUGUGUUUGGAAGGUCAACUCUGGUGAAUGCAGUUGCCAAGACCCCUACAUCUGAGGCAUCCCUACCUGUUGAUCAGAUUUCAAACCAAGAAAAAACUGAAAAACCAAAUAAAGAGGAAGAUGAUGCUUAUUCCACAACUUCAAGUGCUACUCCUCGUAGGAAGAGUAGUGGUGGUUCUGGAUUUUCCUUCAGAUUGGAAGAACGAGCAGAAAAAAGGAAAGAGUUCUUCUCUAAGUUAGAAGAGAAAAUCCAGGAAAAGGAAGCAGAGAAAACUAACCUGCAAGAGAAAUCAAAGGAAAACCAGGAGGCAGAGAUCAAGCAAUUGAGGAAGAGGAUGGCAUUCAAAGCCACUCCAAUGCCAAGUUUCUACAAGGAACCUCCUCCAAAAGUUGAACUGAAGAAGGUACCUACAACACGCCCAAUAUCCCCAAAGCUUGGAAGGAACAAAGGAUCUGCUGUGAACAACGCAGAAGAUAAAUCUUGUUCUAGCCCACAUAAGAAGCAACAGCAGAAUGAUUCAACCAAGGCAAAGGGUUAUAAAAAUGUGAUUUCUAAUAAACCAAUCAGAAAAACUCAUGCCAAGCUGAGAGAUUCGGUCAGGUCUAGCACGAAAAUUGCAGUCUCAGGAAUCAUGCAAGAUGCAAAAGCAGGUAUAGGAAGCAAUGAAGAAUGCCAAGCUCCACCGGUUAACAAUUCUGAAUACCAAAAUGAUAUGGAGCUAGAUUCUGAAAAUGAUCUUGCUCAGAAUGGUGCACUGGUCUUAAAUUCAUCCACACCCGAAAUUGUAUCGUAUGAAGUUACUGUUGGAGUGUAGUCUCGUAUAACGAAAGAGUGCUUAUGUGAGCUUAGAUUCCAUGUUACCUAUUGUUGCAGUAUUAUUGUGAAUAUAGAGGUUGCUUCUUGUUUAUCAUAAACAUGUAUUGCAAUUAAAGAUGGUUGCUUCUUGUAUUGAACUGUUACCGUUUGUAACUUAUAGUAAAAGAGCCUUGUCAGUUCAUUAUUUUUAGCAAGCAA